AUGGCGGCCGCCGCAGGCAACGGCGGCAGCGUCGGCACCGCCAGCAGCAACCGCCUGCUUAUCGUGGGCCCCGGAGUGCUGGGCAGCUACCUGGGCAAGCUUUGGCUGGACGAGAACGGCGCCGGCACGGUGGUCGGGCAGACCAACAGCACCACCAACCAUGCAAAGCUGCAGGCGCUGGGCAUCUCGCCGCGCACCAAGGACGCCGCCGCCGCGGCGGGCACCUUCCCGUUUGUCGUGUUCAGUGCGCCGCCCUCGGGCAGCGCCGACUACCUGGCGGAGAUCGAGGCGGCACUGGGGCUGUGGGACGGCACAGGCACCUUUGUGUUCACCUCUAGUGCAGGGUUAUAUACAGUGGAGGACGGGUCGGCUUGCGACGAGACGGCCCCGACCGCCAAGCUGGGCGACAACGAGCGCACCGACAAGCUGCUGGCGGCGGAGCAGGCGGUUCUGGUGGCGGGCGGCUGCGUGGUGCGGCUGGUGGGCCUGUACCACGGCCAGAGGGGUGCGCACACCUUCUUCCUGCGCCAGGGCGAGGUGGCCCGCUGGGGCGGCUACACCGUCAACCUCAUCCACUACGAGGACGCCGCCUCGCUGUGUCUGGCGGCGCUUCAGGGCCGCGGCAGCGAGGGCGGCGCCUACUACCGCGCACGCACCUUCCUGGGCUGCGACGGCGCGCCCGUCACGUUUGAGGCGAGGGCCGACAUGAUGGCCGCCACGCUGGCCAGCGGCGCCUUCCAGGGCAGCGUCAAGUUCACCGGUGCGGAGGGGCCGGUGAAGGGCAAGCGCAUGAGCAACACGGCCACGCGGCAGCAGCUGCAGUGGGAGCCCAGGCACGCCUCGUAUGUGGAGUUCAUGGAGCGGGAGAAGGCGCAGGACUGGUAUGCGAGCGAGCUGGUGGUGGCGGGCAUGCCGCAUGCGGGGUGA